AAUUAAAAUCACACCAAGAUUCCAAAAAACCAAUGCAAUGACAUGUGUCUUAUGUUAUGUUAUGUUGUUGAUCUCUUCUCUUUUCAAUCGAGAAAUGAAAAUCCAGAAACCCUAAAUUUCGUAACAUUCCUUAAUCAGCGAUCAAAAUGAUGAAGAAGAAAGUUCCCGAUUGGCUUAACAGUUCUCUCUGGUCAUCACCUACAUCAUCUCCUCCUUCUCCCGCCAUCACCGAAUACACCUCCCCCGUCUUCACUCCAAUUCCACCUCCCCAACCUCCCUCUCCUCCCCCUCUCAUACUUCAAGAUCCUCCCCCUACACAGAUUAUCCAAGAAUCUCAAUCCGAAGAUCCUCAUGACGCACCUCCUUCCGAAUUUGAUAUCUCUCACCAGACUCAAUUGUUGGCUGAGUUGUCGAAGAAGGUGAUGGAUAUGCGAGAAUUGAGGAGGAUUGCUUGUCAAGGUGUGCCUGAUUCCGCUGGAAUACGUUCUACAUUGUGGAAGCUUUUGCUUGGAUAUCUUCCACCAGAUCGAGGGCUUUGGUCAUCUGAAUUAGCUAAGAAGAGGUCACAGUACAAGCAAUUCAAAGAGGAGAUUCUCAUGAAUCCUUCAGAAAUCACAAGGAAGAUGUAUAACUCAACAAUUGGUGAUGCUGAUGAUGCCAAGCGUGACAGGGCUUUGCUCUCUAGAUCAGAAAUCCCUCAUGAUGAGCAUCCUUUGAGUCUUGGGAAGACCAGCGUAUGGAAUCAGUUCUUCCAGGAUACAGAAAUCAUAGAUCAGAUUGACCGAGAUGUAAAGCGCACUCAUCCUGAUAUGCACUUUUUCUCUGGUGAUUCUAAAUUUUCAAAAUCCAACCAGGAGGCUUUAAAGAACAUAUUAAUUAUUUUUGCAAAGCUAAAUCCAGGUGUAAAAUAUGUUCAAGGGAUGAAUGAGUUAUUGGCUCCUCUAUACUAUGUGUUCAAAAAUGACCCAGAUGAAGAAAAUGCAACCUUUGCUGAAGCUGAUGCGUUCUUUUGUUUUGUUGAGCUAUUGAGUGGGUUCCGAGAUAACUUUGUUCAACAACUAGACAAUAGUGUUGUGGGAAUCCGAUCAACUAUUACAAAAUUGUCCCAGCUUUUAAGAAAACAUGAUGAAGAGCUGUGGCGUCAUCUUGAGAUCACUUCCAAAAUCAAUCCCCAAUUCUAUGCAUUUAGGUGGAUCACUCUCCUGUUGACUCAGGAAUUCAAUUUUGCCGACAGCCUUCACAUUUGGGACACUCUUUUAGGUGAUCCAGAGGGUACACAGGAGACGCUUCUCCGGGUAUGUUGUGCAAUGCUAAUUCUCAUUCGCAAGCGCCUCCUAGCAGGUGAUUUCACUUCAAAUCUCAAGUUGCUACAAAAUUACCCCUCGACAAACAUUAGCCACUUGCUCUAUGUUGCCAAUAAGUUUCGUGUACAGUCAGUCUAAUGGUUCUCGCCCCUAAUUUUUUGCAUUUUGCUUUUGUAUCUCUAAUUUAGUGUUUGAAAUCUAAUGCUUGUAAAUGACUCUAAAUUUGAGGCUGCAGCAACUAUUUAUUUGUCUAGUACUAUUUAGUGUUUAUUUAUCUUAUGGUUCCAUCAAUUCGUGCUUGUAAUAUGCCUAUAUUGACCUCUCCUCACUCUUCAAAAAAUAAUAGUUUGUUGGGACUUUAGAUCAAACUAUGAUAUGAAAUUUUUAACUUAUAUUGAA